CGCAGCAUUCGCUCGUCACCCUUCGGCACUUCGGCAGUCGUCGGCGAAGCGGCCGGGCGAAUGAGCGUAUUCUUGUCGGUCGCGUUGUUGCUAUCACUUGAAUGUCAAAGUCAAUUAUUCCGACAGUCAGUUUCACAUGUGCACCGCGACAUCGUAAACUUUAAUUAUGUAGCACGUUUAAAGUGCCCGUUAAAUUAGAUCGGGUAAUAUUCAGCGUUUUCAUUCGGAAUUCCCGUAUAAACAGACUCGUUUUCGUUUGUGAUCGUGUUUUGCCAAUCCGUACCUUAAGUGCCGCGGUCCUGCGAACGUUUAAGCUUCGGUUCGAUGGACUAUGGUAGGCUCUGAUGCUGCCGUGUCGUGGAGGAAUUACUAAAUAUAAGAUGUCAAAGUGAUUCACGAUGAACCGCGUGAGUGGAGUGUGUCGGUUCGGCGGAGUGGUGUCGACGGUCCGCACGAAGAACGGGCGCAGCCGGCGGCGGCUGGUGAGCUCGACCCCGGUGCCAGACAGCAAGCCGAAGACCCCACGCCGAGGGCUCGGCGCCGUGCUAAUCCUCACCUGCAUCGUCGUCUACCACAACUGCCUCUACUGCGGUUUCGUAUUCGAUGAUAUCAAUGCUAUAAAAGAAAAUAGAGACUUGAGACCUCAGACACCAAUCUCUAACAUUUUCCUGAACGACUUUUGGGGAACACCCAUACAUAAGGAGCAGUCACAUAAAUCGUACCGUCCUCUCACGGUGCUGACGUUCCGAUGGAACUACGCGGUGCACGGGCUGAGCCCAUCGGGGUACCACCUAGUCAACCUGCUGCUCCAUGCCCUGGUCACAGUCUUGUACUACAAGGUGUGCGCAUUGUUUCUGCCGGAGUUUGCAAGUUUCGUGGCGGCCAUGCUGUUUGCCGUGCACCCGAUACACACCGAGGCGGUGACGGGCGUGGUGGGUCGAGCGGAGAUGCUAUCCUCCGUGUUCUUCCUCGGAGCUAUACUGUGCUACGCUCGGGCUGCAAUCAAGAGGAGAUGUACAGGCUGGCUCUACGUGGCCGCGUGCGCUGCGUGCGUGGGUGUGGCCAUGCUGUGCAAGGAGCAGGGCAUCACCGCCACCGGCGUCUGUGUCGUAUACGAGCUCUUCGUGGUGCAGAAGCGUCGUAGAACCGGCGGUGGCAGUCGUUGGUCGUGGCUGGAGGCAUGGGCCAAAGGGUCGGGUUGGGGCUAUGCGUGCGGCGAGGCCGCUCGGCGAGUCGUCACCCUGUGCUGCGCUAGCCUCGCCCUGCUGACGGCCAGGCUGCACGUGAUGGGCGCUCAGCUGCCCGUGUUCACGAGAUUUGAUAAUCCAGCGGGAGCCGCUACUGCACCUGCUAAGCAUUUGACUUUCGCUUACCUGCCAGCGCUAAACGCGUGGCUCCUCGCGCUGCCCGAAGCACUGUGCUGCGACUGGACGAUGGGCACGGUGGCGCUGCUCGAAUCGUGGAAAGACCCCAGGAAUCUGGCCACCGCGGCCCUGUUCAUCGGCUUGUUGGUCACCGCUGUCCACGCGCUGCGGACACGAUCUACUGCUUUGUCUAUGGGCCUAGCGCUCCUGGUUCUCCCCUUCUUGCCAGCAUCCAAUCUCUUCUUCCCGGUGGGAUUUGUGGUGGCCGAGCGCGUCCUCUACAUGCCCUCGAUGGGCUGGUGCCUGCUGGUCGCCCACGGGUGGCGUCUGGCCGCCAAGAAACACGCCAAGGCGGCCGUGGCUGCACUAAUAUUUCUACUCUUCGCCUUUAGUAUCAAGACAUACGUCAGAAACUGGGAUUGGAAGACGGAAUAUUCUAUUUUCGCUUCGGGGUUAAGGGUGAAUCGCAACAACGCCAAGCUGUAUAACAACGUUGGGCAUGCUUUAGAAGCGGAGGAGCGAUACACGGAAGCGUUGGAGUUCUUCAACACGGCCGUCAGCGUCCAGCCGGACGACAUCGGCGCCCUCAUCAACGUCGGCCGCACCUACAACCAUCUCGGCAAAUACCAAGAAGCCGAAGAAGCCUAUCUCAAAGCCAAGUCUUUACUGCCUAAAGCUAAACCCGGCGAGUCGUACCAGGCUAGAAUAGCCCCCAACUAUCUAAGCGUGUUCUUGAACCUUGCCAGCUUGAUAUCCAGGGAUGCCACUAGACUGGAAGAGGCAGAUAUGUUGUACAGACAGGCGAUCAGCAUGAGGUCGGACUACACUAGGGCGUAUAUCAACAGGGGCGACAUUUUAAUAAAAUUGAAUAGGACGAAAGAAGCGCAAGAGGUGUAUGAAAAAGCUCUUCUGUACGACAGCGCUAAUCCGGACAUUUAUUACAAUCUGGGCGUGGUGCUGCUGGAGCAAGGCAAGCCGUCGCAAGCGCUGGCGUACCUGGACAAGGCGCUGGAGCUGGAGCCCGAGCACGAGCAGGCGCUGUUCAACUCGGCCAUCCUGCUGCAGGAGCUCGGCGUCGCCGACCUGCGCCCCGUGGCGCGCGAACGCCUGCUCAAACUGCUCAACAAGGCCGGUGAGAAAAAACGAGUAACGAACGAGCGCGUGCAGUUCAACCUGGGCAUGGUGUGCAUGGACGAUGGCGACGCGGCGUGCGCCGAGCACUGGUUCCGCGCGGCCGUGCACCUGAAGCCGGACUUCCGCUCCGCGCUGUUCAACCUGGCGCUGCUGCUGGCCGACCGCCGCCGCCCGCUCGAGGCCGCGCCCUUCCUCAGGCAGCUCGUGAGCUUCCACCCCGACCACGUCAAGGCGCUGGUGCUGCUCGGAGACAUCUACAUCAACUCCGUCAAGGAUCUGGACGCCGCCGAGAGCUGCUACCGGCGCAUCCUGGAGCUGGAGGCCAACAACGUGCAGGCGCUGCACAACCUGUGCGUGGUGGCCGUGGAGCGCGGCGCGCUGGCGGCGGCCGAGCAGUGCCUGGCGCGCGCCGCCGCGCUGGCGCCGCGCGAGCGCUACAUCCGGCGCCACCUGGCCGCCGUGCGCGCGCGCUGGAACUACAUCCCGCAGCAGCCGCCCGACCCGCAGGACGCCGACCCCGAGUAGAGCCCGGCCGAGGCGUUCCGUUGACGAUCAGGGUAUUGGAAAUCAAAAGUCGCUCCGCUCUCUCCGAAUUCAAGGUGAAAUUUGCUAAUGACGAGCCUUCGUCUCUUCCGAAUCCUCCCUGUAAAAAUCUGUACUUCUCGGUAUUUCUAUGUGAGGGGACCAGUCGAUUAAUAGACCGCUGGUGUCGGUGAACUAGUCGCCGGAGAGGACUCUCUGUCUAUCUUUAUAAUUAAUGCGAGGUCGGAACGUUAAAAAAAUAUGAGACGAGACUGAGACCUCGCUAAAUUAAUGUCUUCGAAAUAUACACCCCGUUUCCGGAAAGAACAUCUCACCGACGAGCGGUCGCAAUUUGUCUCGUCUCUCUGUUAUACCACUUCACUAUUUGGUUUGCUUUACCUAUUAAAUUUCACUGUUGUAUUUGAACUCUAAAUUAUUAUAAUCAUUGCAGUGUUUUGGCUGGUAUUAUAAGUGAUUUAUUGAUUUCAAAGAAUAUUGAUUUGCAUACGACACCUUAAUAAUAUUGUUAAUAAGUACUUAAAGUUGGACAAGCUUCGUCAUUAGCCCGGUAUACGGUAUCUGUGCGUAGUUUGAUUUAUAAUAAAUGUUUAUAGGUAUAAUAGAUGGGAUUUGUAUCAUUCCAAUUAUAAUCUAUUUAACUUUGUCUAGUCAAGAUGCAAUCGCAUUUGAUAUUAUUUUGGACUUAUUUUGAAUGCAUUUACGAAUAAGAAGUGAUUUAAAAUGAUUCACUGUUGUAAAAUGUUAAACAACCUAUGCUUGGAAUAGACGUUGGGAGUAGCAUUUAGAUGAAUGUGCCCCGCAUUAAGCCACCCCAUUUUAAUAAGGCUAUAUAUACAAUAAAUCUAGAUGAAACAAGUUUCAGUCUCAAUUCUUAUGAACAUAUUUAAUAUUAACUGCAUAAUAAAACGGCAAAAUGAUCAAUGAUAGGACUUCUUUUACACAGAUGGAAGUAGCAAAAGCGUUUAAUGUAUUCAUAGAAAAGUACUUACGCAAUUUGAUUCACUAUACGCGAAGAAUUCAAUCAGAGACAGAGAUAUUAAAUAGCUAUUUCAUUUAUAAUUAUACAUUGGUCUAAGUUUUGGGCUUGUAAGUUAUAACCGGCAUGUGGGUAGCUUAGCCAGAGCUUACUUUGCGGCAGCUGCGAUAAGAUACGGAAUUAAGUCUCUAAGGUCAGGGUCAGGCCAAAUAUGGUGAGUACAAGGGUCGAAUUGCGAACGAUCGGUUUGGCGACCUGAAUAAGGUGCGGUACAGGACGAGGUGGUAGGCAUGGAAAGAAAAGACCUAGAUAAGGUUAAUUAUUUUCGUAAACGCAAAUGUUACUGUGUAAUGAGUAAAUUAAGUGAACCACCGUUGUUAGAUUUAGAAGUGAAAAAUGUAAUGUUGUUCAUGUUUUAAGAUAAAAGUAACUUUUGUAAAAACUGAUUUUUUACAAUGUCUUGAAACACUUCUGGUGGGAACUCUGUAGGGUGUCAAUGAUUUGUAAGGACCCCGAAUAUUAUAAACUAUUUGUCGUCAAAACGUUUAUUUUUAUAAAAUAAAAUGAUGUCUCGAACGAGUC